AUGUCCAGCAACGCCGCCACCCAAGUAGCCGGUACUUAUGAACUCGCCCAGCAUAUCUUCAAGGACGCUCAGCUCGAGUUCGGAAAUUCCAGCUUGGUGGCCGCCACCACGUCGGAUCGGUUCCUUGGCUCGGUCGCGCUGGACGUUCUAUGGGAAACACAGACUAGCCUAUUGCCGCUCUUUCAGGUCUUGGGCCAUCUAUUCGAGGUCGAGGUCGAGGAGCGCGCAGUUUGGGACAGCGACGAGGAAAGGUGGGAUGACUACGCAGAGCCGGACCGUCAACGAGCAAUGCACUUGGUGGACGCGCUCACGCCCGCAGACUGGGAGAAACUUCAGUCGUAUGCGCGCCGCAUCAAGUACAUCGAAGAUGGGCCGCUUUCCCCGGGCGAUCCCAACGACGUUCACUUUGGCCGCGCCGAGAGCUUCGAGGGCAUCUUCAACGCCGGCAAGGGCUCUGUCCUGCUCCCUAACAUUCGCCGCUUCGACAUCGGUCCGCGCAUGAUCUCUUUGUUCGAGCAGUUCGACUUCUGGCCGGAAAAGGGCAAGAACGCACACCUCACGCUGCGUGACCAAGCUUGUCGGCCCAGGCCAUUGUACAGCAUUCGGUUCUGCCGCCUCAGCCAGCUUCAGAUGCUCGGCAUCGAGGCAGACUACCAUCUGGAGAUGCUCCCCGGGCUUCGUGCUAUGCCCGCGCUCGAAGAACUUCAUCUCAAGUACAAACCGGAGACCUCGAACCCCGACCUCAAGCGAUGGUACGAGGGAGACGCCCACGAUGCAUACGGUUUGAUCGGCCGUCAGAUCAAGGCAGCCCCUGCGCCUGGCUUCCCCGCCCUGAAGACGCUUCGGCUGACAGACGCGGAGUCUAUCGAGGACUUCACGACCACCCUCAAGAACAUGGUCAAAGGCAGCCUGAAGCUCGAGCAACUGCACAUCCGCGGCUGGGAAAUCCAAGAGUUCCGUGACCGCCAGGCGUCGAAGAAACUGCACGCCGCCAUCCGCGCCUCCUGCGACAAGGCCACGCUGACGCACCUGACCAUCGUGCUGCAGAGCUGGCGCUCGGGCCUCUCGACAGUGGAGAUGAUCCAGGACCUGCUCACGUUCCCAAACAUCACGCACGCUUGUAUCGACUUCGACGGGCACCAUUAUCUCGAUACGAAAGGCGCCUUCGACGCCAUCACAAACGCCUGGUGUCGUCUCGAGCGCCUCACGUUCUACCCUAGGCCCUCGCGCGACUGCGACGCGAUGCUCAAUUUGGAAAACCUCACCUGCCUCGCCGACCGCUGCCCGCGUCUAUCGUACCUGUCGAUCCCAAUCAACCUCACAGCGGUGUCGGAGCCCGUCAUCUCGACCAGUCCUCCGCUCACGGAUAGAUCUGUCUCCCUCAACCUCGGCCGCCAUGAAAAUCUGUCUCGCAUGUCGCGUGGCGACACCGCGGCUAUCGCCCAAACCCUGGCGAGCGUCUUCCCCUACCCGACGCUGGCUUCGGUCACAUACGAUCUGCACGACGCGGCGCCCCCGCCUUGGCACGACUACUCCGAGGAAAGGCAACUGCCUGCGUUGGCCACCUUCGACGAUCCUGCGGGCCCGCGUCGUAAGCAAUGGUUAUCGAAGGAGGAUAUGCGCCGCAUUCUGGGAAUUGCGCAGCCGAAAACCGUGGCGGCGAAGAGUAGAACUAAAAGAUCCGUCAAGCCUCCGAAGGUCACACCGACCACGAAGACCAAGGCCGCCGCACCUCGCAAGCCCGCCACUACCGCAGCCGCUGCGCCUGCUAAGACGACGGACGGCGAACCGCAGAAUGCGAGCAACACAGCCGCGAAGCAGGCCGCCGCGGGGAGGAAGGCGGACACGCCCGGCGCCAAAGCUGUCGCCCGCGCGCGGAAGCCCGCAGCCCAGCCCCCAACAAUCGACCCCGCGCGCCCACUGGCCUCGUUCUAUGACGCCGGUGGUCAUUGUCUCCGCGCGAAGCGGUCUACGCCGCCCGAAGUCUCACAAAACCGGCUCGCCACAAAACGGCAGCGCCCACAGGCGGCUAAGGUACUGGGACGUCUGACCAAGAUCGAAGUACAAGGCCGAAGCGUUUGGAACCCCGAUGGAUUGCGUUGGGAAGAAGAUGAGGUGGACUAUCAACGGGUCAUUAGGCUGAAGCGCGGACGUAACUCGGUCAAGCGCAAAGACUGGGCACGAUUGCAGGUCUACGCGCGACGCAUCAAAGUCAUCGACGACCGUGACAUGCCGUUUCGACCGGGGAAAGUCGAUGAUCUUCACCUUUGCUCUGAGUCUGUGAUCGAGAUCUAUCGCGCCGGAGGUGGCGCCCUCCUCCUUCCGAAUCUCCUUCGCGCGGACAUCGGUGCACACCUGAUCACGUUGUUCGAGUUCUUCAACUUCUGGCCAGACAAAGGCGACGACGGCCAUGCAUAUCUCGCGCUCCGUUCCUGGAAUAUGCCGCAUGGGCACGAUGUCGCCCUCUGUCGACUCGACCAGCUCCGGAUGCUUGGUAUCCAGGUCGACAACAAUCUCGCUAUGCUGCCGCUUCUGCGCGCGAUGCCUGCGCUGGAGGAGCUCCAUCUCAAGUUCGAACCGGAGGAAACAAAUCCUGACAAGAAGAUGUGCCAUGUGAAGGAGGACGCUUGGGAUGCAUGGGGACUUAAAGGUCGCAAGAUUCUGGCGGAUCCUGGACCCGGCUUCCACGCGCUGAAGACGCUCCACCUGACGGAUGCAUGGUGCUUCGACGACAAUAUCACCACUCUCAAGAACAUGAUUGCAGGUCCCAUGAAGCUCGAAGGGUUGCAUAUACGCGGCUGGGAGUCGAUCGAGUCCCCUGAGGAGCGGGCCGUCAAAAGGAUGUACUCCACCAUCGGUGCCUUUUGCGAUAGGACUGCGCUGACGCACCUGACCGUCGUAUUUCAGGCGUACCAGCAUCCAACUCGCACGCAGGAAAUCAUCAAGGACCUCCUCGUCUUUCCCAACAUCACGCACGCCUACUUCCACACCCAUGGCGAACACGUGGACUUGAAUCUUGCGCUUGACGUGUUCUCCGUGGCGUGGCCCCAUCUUGAAAGCUUGACUUUCUUCUGCAGGCCAGAAAGCACGAUAUACACCGAUGCUGUCGAGCUGGCUACGCUCGCGUGCCUCGUCGACCGGUGCCCGCGUCUGUCCUACUUGUCGGCCCCAGUCUCCCUCUACACGAUCCCAAGGCCUGUAGCGCCGCCUGCCCCGUCGCUGCUCAACAGGUCAGUGGCUCUGAACCUCGGGCGUGGAUACGACCUGUCCGAGGAGCCUCAGGCCGUUGUUAGGGCAGCCGCUAAGUUCCUGGCGAGCAUCUUUCCGUACCCGACCCUAACUUCGGUCACCUACGACCUCGAAGUGGAGGAUGAAGAUGAGGAUGAUCCAAUCCAUUAUCCGACUCUCGCGCUGUAUGACGAUCCGUCCAGUCCACUUCGCCGCCAGUGGUUGUCAGCGGAGGACUUCCGCCGCAUACUGAGGAUCCCCAGGGCGGGGACUGCGAAGGCGACGAAGCAAGAGUCAGCAGCAAAGUCCGCACGAGGGAAGCGGGGCAGAAAGGCGAAGACAAGGGCUCGGAAGACUGCCGCCGACAAGGCCACGACUGCGGCCGAUAGCGCGCUGCAGGAUCCACCGAGUGCGGACGUGCCGACUGCCCGGGCCGCGAAGACAACGACCGCAGCUGCGCGCGCGAACACAGCUCUUCCUGAAGCGUCGUCCAGCAGAUCGAAGGUCGCUCCUCAGCCAGAGGCGUCAGAAUCUACGCUUCAAAUCGCCUCUUUUUACGACGCUGGUGGGCAUCGCCUUCGUGCGAAGCGCUUUACUCCGUCGGACGGUUCGGAAAUCCAGCUUCCUGCGAAAAGGCGGCGUAUCAGCGCUUUGAGUUCUUAGCUGGUCGACGGUGGAGUUCCGUCGAAAACGGCAGCCGACGCGCGUACGAAGGGUACGUCGGAGACCAAGGAUACGUGCUCCUUCAGGCGCCAAUUGACGGCGGUCUCAGAAGCAGGAUGCGAGAUUAAGAUAGGUAUGAUAUAUUUCUACUAUGCGACACAAAUGUGAAGGUAUCUGUGAUUCAUCCUGUACAAUGCACGAUGCGCUGUUGCGCCAGUCGAAGACCUUUUUCCCGUG